GGUCAGGACACACAAAACAGAGGGAUUUGGACUUCAACACUCAGAAGGAACAGGUAACCUGAACUGUUCACCAUGGGAUUUUCAGUCCACUGGAGUUGGCUUACUGCAGUUUCAUGUCUCCUCUGUUUGGGAGGUGAAGUUCGUUGUGACUGCAUGGAGGAGAAAAUGGAAAUUGAAGGCGGUCAUUACACACUGACUAAACAGCUGACUACAGACAGCAUGUUGGUCUACCACUGUCCUGAGGGCUACUAUCCAUUCCCCUCUCUGACCCGCCUGUGCCAGCGUAAUGGCUCCUGGAGACCAGCACCCAAAAGAUUUUCACCUCAGAGAUGCAGGGUUGUUGAAUGCCCUGACCCCAAUGUGCUGCUAUACGGAAACGUCUCCCCUCCUCAGGAGAAGUACUUUGUGGACAAUGAGACCGCGUACGAGUGCUACUCUGGAUACACAAUGCGAGGCUCGUCCAAACGUGUGUGCUUACCAAACGGGAAGUGGAGUGGCUUUACUCCCAUCUGUAGCCGUGACACAGGGAACGAUUGUGCUGAUCCUGGUAUCCCAGCUGGCGCCUCCAGAACAGGGAACAUAUUUGGGAUUGACGACAAAGUGAAAUACACCUGCAAUAGCAACCUGUUUCUGGUGGGGUCCAGUGAGAGAGUGUGUCAGGAGAACGGCCAGUGGACGGGCAAAGAGCCAGCAUGCUACUACAGACACACAUAUGACACUUCUUUGGAGGUUUCAGAGGCAUUUGGCAGCGCAAUCAAAGACAGCCUCACCACUUUAGAGCCCAUCGAUGACACACAGGAGGGGAGAAAAAUCAGGAUUUCAAAAAAUGGGACACUCAACAUCUAUAUCGCAGUGGAUAUUUCUGAGAGCAUCGAAGAGGAACACGUCAAUAAAGCAAGAGAUGCUAUCACAAAACUUAUUUCAAAGAUUUCAUCCUUUACCGUGUCUCCAAACUAUGAAAUCAUCUUUUUCUCUUCUGAAAUAGUUGAAGUUGUCAACAUUCUUGAUUUUUUGGAUAAAAAAAUAACGCUAAGCGCCAUCACGGCUAAAUUGGAUGAAUUUAAAAUAGACGACAGAAACACUGGAACAGAUCUGAACCUCGUCUUUAGUAGAUUCUUGGAACGAAUGGCUAUUAUAAAGCGACAAGUUGGAGAGGGUUUUAAGGAACAUCGUCACGUCAUUAUCACUUUUACAGAUGGUGCUUAUAAUAUGGGCGGAUCACCUGCACCCACUGUGGCAAAAAUAAAGAACAUGGUGUACAUGAACCACACUGGUGAACAAGAGACUCAUUCAAGAGAAACAUAUCUGGACAUUUAUAUUUUUGCCAUUGGAGCUGAGAUCUUUGAUGACGACCUGCAGCCCCUUGUAGCAGGGACCGGCGGCCAGCAUUACUUCAGAAUGAAGAACAUCACAAAUUUACAAGAGACAUUUGAUGACAUAAUUGAUGCAGAUGAAGUUAUGGGUCUGUGUGGUCUUCACAAGGAGUAUGACACAACAGAAAAAGAUAUCAAGAGGAAAAGGUAUCCAUGGUGGGCGUUCAUUACUGUCCAGAAUGAAGGAUUGCCAAAUAACUGCAUCGGCUCUCUGGUGACCCCGCAGUUUAUCUUGACUGCUGCUCACUGCUUCAAAUUUGGAGAUUUACCUGAACACGUCAAAGUUGAGAUUGAUGAUGGACAGGGAAGAGUGAAAAAAGUUAAAAUUUUCAAAAUACACCCGCAGUACAAUAAUAAAGCUAAAGUGGAUGAUGGCGUGAAGGAAUUCUAUGACUAUGAUGUGGCUCUCAUCCAACUGGAGGAAGAUGUUCAGAUCUCCAGUGCUGUUAGACCUAUUUGCAUACCUGGCGCCCAGGGGACCAGUGAUGCUCUGAAACUGGUUGGCAAAUCCACCUGCAAGGAACAAGAGCAGAUUCUGUUGAAGAAUCAUCUUGAAAGACUCACUUUCCUGACCAAGAAAGGAACCACGGUAGAUGAAAAAGAUGCCCACGCUAAGCUUGGCGAUAAUAGAGACGAGUGCAUCAAACAUGCACUACAGGCACCAGGCAUAACAACGACGAAUCCAAAGGUUGCUGUGACUGAUAACUUCCUGUGCACUGGCGGUCUGACUCCUUUCAGAGAUCAUAUAGCAUGUAACGGUGACUCUGGAGGUGCUGUGUUCAAGAACUAUGAGCAUCGCACGAUACAGGUUGCACUGGUCAGCUGGGGAACCACGGAUUUGUGCAAGUCGGGUGGUGGCGUCGUCGAGUCAGUUGAGACCUCCAGAGAUUUCCAUAUCAAUCUUUUCAGAGUUGUCCCUUUUCUCAAAUCGAUACUUGGAAAUGAAACCCAGGAUGACUACGCACCACUUGAGUUUUUGGAGGAGUGUAUUGAUGAGUGAAAGAUAUUUGCAUACUGUGAUUUCUUUUGCCAUUUUUGUUAUAUGAUCUGUGUAUACUGUAUGUUUAAAAACACUGGCUUGUAUUUUGUUUUGCUGAUUGAUGCUGAAUUUUUGUUUUGUGCGUUCAUAAUGAAAAAUAUAAAAUUUUAAGAUAACGUUUUCUCAUCAAAAGCAUACAUACAUACACAUGCUCAAAAAAAGACAUCACCCAUUCUCAAAAUGCACAAUUACAGUCAUGCAAUAGCUGUACUUUAUCAUCAUUUAUUCAGUAUUGUCAGUGGUCAAUUACGAUGUAAAGAAGAAGUUAAUAAAUAAGUCUAAAACUUU